AUGUCUGAGACCGCUCCUGCAGCGCCUGCUGCUCCCGCACCUGUGGAGAAGACACCUGUGAAGAAGAAGGCGAAGAAGACCGGCGCCGCGGCUGGGAAGCGCAAGGCGUCCGGACCCCCGGUGUCCGAGCUCAUCACCAAAGCUGUGGCCGCCUCCAAGGAGCGCAGCGGCGUGUCCCUGGCCGCGCUCAAGAAGGCGCUGGCUGCUGCCGGCUACGAUGUGGAGAAGAACAACAGCCGCAUCAAGCUGGGGCUCAAGAGCCUGGUGAGCAAGGGCACCCUGGUGCAGACCAAGGGCACCGGCGCCUCCGGCUCCUUCAAGAUCAACAAGAAGGCGGCUUCCGGCGAGUCUAAGCCCAAAGCUAAGAAGACCGGAGCUGCCAAGGCUAAGAAGCCCGCGGGCGCAGCCAAGAAACCCAAAAAGGCGACUGGUGCUGCCACACCCAAGAAGGCCGCCAAGAAGACCCCGAAGAAGGCGAAGAAGCCCGCGGCUGCUGCAGGCACUAAGAAAGUUGCCAAGAGCCCGAAGAAGGUGAAGGCAGCUAAGUCCAAGAAAGCAGCAAAGAGUCCAGCAAAAGCCAAAGCCCCCAAGCCUAAGGCCACCAAGCCAAAGGCGGCCAAGCCAAAGGCCACCAAGGCGAAGAAGGCCGCCCCCCGCAAGAAGUAA